GGCAAGAAAUGACAAUCUAUUCUUUACACAUGUAGAUCAACGUGUUUAUUAUUUGAUCUAUCUUUUGUAUUCCCUACCUUUCCACCACUCUAUAUACCGGAUUCAACCUCACACACCGGGACACAGCCAGUACUUAUUCGUAUGGAUCCCUCGUCCGAAUUGUACGUAGACCCAAAAUCGUUAGCCCAACUGAGAAUGGACUUGUCAGCCUUCUCGUCUCCUAUGCAUGACUGCGUCUCUAUAUUGUCUUUCCACACACCACAACUACCAAUGGAAAUGGAAUUCAUAGACGGCUCACAGGGGUUCCAGAAAAGAUCCAAUACGGAUGGUAUACGCAUCGGGCAAGACAGCCCUGCACAUUUAGGCUACACUGUUGACCGGGACCCCAAUAUAACCAAAUACUUGACACUACCCAUAGACUCCGACUGUCAGCAAAUGGGGUUAGCACGAGAAGAUCGCAACGAUACAAUCCAGAGGCCACAUUCUAGAAGCAGCAAACAAAAGCACGAGGACGAUAUGGUCUUCAAAAAAGAUACUAUAGAACCAAUCGGAUCGCAUAGCCGCCGUUCAUCGCGAUCAAGUAAUAAAUUGACCAGCGAUGAGUCUGGAAUCGAAAAGCGUCAGCGAAACCGUGUGGCAGCCUCGAAAUGUCGAAAGAAACAGAAACUGGCAAAUUCGGAGCUGCAGGAGAGGGCGCGGGUUAUGAGCGAGCAGCACAACUACCUCAUCGCGCACAAAGCUUCCCUCGAGUCGGAGAUGCUCAACUUGAAGAACGAACUCCUGCUCCACGGAAGCUGCGGAUGCGACACCAUCACCGAUUACCUGAUGCAAGCCGCGAAGAGGUUUGUUAGAGGACGCGAAGAAGGGAUUCGGAGCGGGGAGAAGGCAGAGGAACCGCACCAGCACGAGCAAACUACCUUAUACUACCGCUCAUGAAGGCUAAGCUUGUAUGCUACCGCAAGUUUGGCCACGUGUAACGAUGACGAUUAACGACCUAGUUACGAGAUUGAUGAAAGGAUAGUUUUCGCCU